UCGCGUUUGCCGUUUUAGGUUAACUCGUCCAUUUACCCUACGUCCCCACGUCCGACCAGGUACAGUGGCUGGUUGUUGUCAUUUUCGAAUCACGUCCUCGGAAUAAUGACGAAAGGUACUUCGAGUUUUGGUAAACGUCACAAUAAGACGCACACUCUGUGUCGUCGAUGUGGACGUUCAUCGUAUCACAUUCAAAAGUCCAAGUGCGCCCAGUGUGGAUACCCGAGCAAGAAGCUCCGUCAUUACAAUUGGAGCGUCAAAGCCCAACGUAGGAAGACCACCGGAACUGGCCGUCUCAGACAUUUGAAGAUUGUUCGCAGGAAAUUUAGGAACGGUUUCCGUGAAGGAACCCAAGCUAAGCCCAGAACCAGACAGAGUUAAUCAUGUUUUCUGUUUAAUUGAAAGACCAUAAAAAAAUAUACAAAUAACUUUGUAAAUA